GGGGCUGGCUCCCACUGCAGCAGCCGGGGCCGCCUCCGCUCCCGAGCGGGGCAGCAGCAAAAAUGUUACGUUUCUUUCGACGGACUCUGGGGCGUCGGUCUAUGCGCAAGCAUGUGGAGAAGGAGCGGCUAAGAGAGGCCCAAAGAGCUGCAACCCACAUCCCUGCGGCUGGAGAUGCAAAAUCCAUCAUCACUUGUCGAGUAUCGUUGCUGGAUGGAACUGAUGUCAGUGUGGACUUACCGAAAAAAGCCAAAGGCCAACAUCUGUUUGAACAGAUCAUGUAUCAUCUGGACCUCAUUGAAAAUGACUACUUUGGACUGAGGUUCAUGGAUUCCGCACAAGUGGCACAUUGGUUGGACAACACAAAGAGCAUUAAAAAACAAGUUAAAAUUGGCCCACCAUACUGUCUGCAUCUUCGUGUAAAAUUUUACUCCUCUGAGCCUAACAAUCUCCGUGAAGAGUUAACAAGGUAUUUAUUUGUUCUUCAGCUAAAACAGGAUAUUCUCAGUGGAAAGUUGGAAUGCCCGUUUGACACAGCAGUCCAGUUGGCAGCUUAUACCUUACAAGCUGAACUUGGAGACUAUGAUCCUGCUGAACAUGUUCCUGACCUGGUGUCUGAGUUCAGGUUUAUGCCCACUCAAACUGAAGAGCUGGAACUGGCCAUUUUUGAGAAGUGGAAGGAAUACAGGGGGCAAACGCCAGCCCAAGCUGAAACUAACUAUUUGAACAAAGCUAAGUGGCUGGAAAUGUAUGGGGUGGACAUGCACAUAGUCAAGGCGAGGGACGGCAAUGAUUACAGCCUUGGACUGACCCCGACGGGAGUUCUGGUCUUUGAAGGUGACACCAAGAUUGGUCUGUUUUUCUGGCCAAAGAUAACCAGACUGGACUUCAAGAAGAACAAAUUAACACUAGUUGUUGUUGAAGACGAUGAGCAGGGGAAGGAGCAGGAGCACACUUUUGUGUUUAGGCUGGAUCACCCCAAAGCCUGCAAACACUUGUGGAAGUGUGCAGUGGAACAUCAUGCUUUCUUCCGCCUAAGGGGACCCGUCCAAAAAGGCUCAAGCCGAUCAAGCUUCAUUCGGCUGGGAUCACGGUUCAGAUACAGUGGGAAAACAGAAUACCAGACAACCAAGACCAACAAAGCUAGAAGAUCAGCAUCCUUUGAAAGGAGGCCCAGCAAGCGAUAUUCAAGGAGAACACUACAAAUGAAAGCAAACGUUGCUAAACUUGAAGAAACAAGCAUUCCGAACAAUGUCUUGCAUCAAAAUAAUGGAUCACAACAAAGCUGGAAUGCAAAGCCGACCCUGCCUGUCAAAAUGACAGUUCCAUCUGGCCCAGUCUUAGUGGAAAUAGAAAACCUUCCUAGGAGCCCUGGAGCCAGCCAGCAAGACAUGAAAUGGCCCUUUGAUGCUGCUGACUGCCGUCAACGUGGUAGAAGUGUAUGGAACGCAUGGGCCCCACCCUCGACCCAGUCUGCGGAUAGACACUACACUGAUUUUGUCCAUGAGCGCAAUGUGAAGAAUGCAGGAGUUCAUAGUGAUGCCAUUGGUUAUGCUGUCCAAACUACCAUGACCGAUCUAUGAGACAUUGGCCUUUUUGGAGCUUGAGGCUGUUCUGUAACACCGUCUGGAACGUUACCUUUUCUGAGUUGUCUCUAAGAUAAGGACAAUGGACCCAGAGCUGAUUAGGAAAACCCAGACCUUGUGCCAAGGCCCCUGCAUAUGGUGCUGUUGUAUUGAAUCUUUUAAAGAAAAAAUAGCCUAUACACUACUAGUCUGUUACCCCAGGUAUUCUUGUACUGAAAAGAGUAUGUGUAUCUUUUUAAUUGUGUUAAGAUUUUUCUUAACGA